GCAGAAGGAAAAUCUGAAAGAGAAAGAAUUGGAUAAGUUGGGUGUUACUAAUAUUAGCGAAAAAUUGAAUAAUGAGAAUGAUGGUUGGGAUAAUACAGGGAAACAUGCUAAUGAUCUAGUUGAUGAUGGAGAUGAAGCAGAAUUGGACAAAUUGGAU